UCACAUACUGAGGUUGCAAGUGUCAUCUUAAAGGAGAUCCCGUGUGUCGUUUCAGCCUUACACUCGCAUCCACUUUACCGCCAAGUGCACAGUCACGACAGGUUGCUUACUCACCUGUCCAGAGAACUUGCAGCCAGCGCGGCUUUCUCCGGUACUGCGACCAAGCUGGAUUCCCGGAGCUCUUCACCAUGUCUGGCGGGUUUUAGAUACUCCAUGGAGCAAGCAAACCUCUACGAGGUCGCCCCACGGCCACUGAUGACCAGCCUUGUUCAGAAUCAGCAGAACCCCUACAUCUACAAAGACACCGCCGGAGACCUGAGCGAGAUCUGCGAGAACGAGAACUCCAUCGACAUCAGCGCCUAUAUUGAUCCGUCUGCCUUCAACGACGAGUUCCUGGCUGACUUAUUCCACAACAGCUCCAAGCAAGAGAAGCUCAAACUGGCGAGCGGAGACUACGACUACCACCACGGUGCCAAUGGCGCACCGGGGCCCCCGCAGAUGUAUGGCUGCCUUAACGGCUACAUGGAUUCUUCCAAACUGGAACCCAUCUACGACAGCCAAACAAGAAUGAGACCUGUGGCCAUCAAACAAGAGCCUCGGGAGGAAGAUGAGCUUGGCGACUCAAUGCCACCCACCUACCACCACUCUCAACACCACGCGCCGCAUCUGUCCUACCUUCAGCACCAGAUCGCGCACUGCGCGCAAACCACCAUGCAUCUCCAGCCGGGCCAUCCCACACCUCCCCCGACGCCCGUACCUAGUCCGCACCACCAACACAGCCACCUACCGGGGGGCUCCAUGAAGAUUGGCGAUCGAGGGAAAUCCAAAAAGAACGUCGACAAGAACAGCACCGAGUACAGGCUGAGGAGGGAGCGCAACAACAUAGCCGUGCGCAAGAGUCGGGACAAGGCGAAAAUGCGCAAUGUGGAGACGCAACAAAAAGUGAUCGAGUUGUCGGCGGAUAACGAUAGACUGCGCAAGAGGGUGGAACACCUCACGCGAGAACUGGAGACGUUACGGGGCAUCUUCAGGCAGCUCCCCGACGGCUCGUUUGUCAAAGCCAUGGGCAACUGCGCUUAACGGAGCGAGCUUGACUUUUGAAGUAACUUUUGCGUGAUUUUUUUUCGUCUGCUGGAUAAACGCUGACACAUUCUGAAAGUGUUUCUAUAGGAGCCAGGCAGCUGCGGUAUACAUGUGCCUUUUGUACAAAAACAAAGAAAGAAACGAUAAGCUCAUCUAUUUACACAUUUGGACUAAACAUGUUGGUGUAGUCCUGUCAGGAAUGUGUGUUAGCUACGCUAAGCAUAUCAGUGCAGCUAAUGGGCAUGAUUUUACCCUGUCAGUCUACUUUUCAUGCUUUUCAAGUUACCAACUUUCAUAACAAACCUGAACUGCCCUUUUGGCAAACAGAAACGUUUUUGCCAUAGCAGGCUUUCUACCAUACCUGUUGCAGCAUAACACCCACUGUAUGAUAUUGUUGAAUUUAUAUAUCUAGCAAGUGUGGGUGGGGUUGUUCCAUGGACGGUAAUAGACAAAAUGCCAAAGCAUAGGACUGGAACUUAUUGGUUUUUACUGUGGUAGGCAAGUUGUCAUUCAUAACUCAGACUGUGUGCACUAUGUCGUCCGAUCGCGACUCUAUGAAGCGCAUUACAUUGUGAACAUUUUGCCAUGAUUCGGGUACUGAUCUGUAAAAUGCCUGUCAGUAUACAGCUUUUAGAGUAAACGCUUUGUAUUUAUGCAAUAUGAUUGAUAAAAAUGUGAAAGGGUGCAUAUUUCUAUGCAAUGUUUGUUGCUGUCAGAAUAAUUUCGGUGGACUGUCACCGUGUGCUUUCUCACUGGUUUUGCAGUGAAGUCCUGUCUUGCUCUGUAAGCGUGUGCAUUUCAUGCGAACUGUUUAUUUCUUUCUCUCUUUUUUGUACAACACUCGAGCAGAGAUGGUUUCAGUGCCUUUUGAUCAUCACUGACUGAAUCUUUGGACAGACAUACACAGCAAGAAAAAGGAAGCACUUUUUUUACAAACUGCGUAUGGCAAAUGUUAUACAAACGUUUAUUAUGUUUGUUUAAAUGAACAUUAUACAUAAAUAUAAAUAUAUAUAUAUGCCAAAAAGUAUGAAUUAAACAUUGUCUUAUGUCUCA